AGAGAAUUAACGCUCACACCACAAUAUGCGCUUCCUCGCCACGGUUCUGCUGGGUUUUGCCGUUUUCCUCCUAUUCUUGGAUUGCUCCCGUGCGGCCACCAACGCAAAUCCACUCAAUUUGUCGCAUCGUCGUGACACUCAGCGCCACAAGGGAGUUGAAAGGCUCCUCAGGCCAGUAACUAGCGACAAUGAAAGCAGAAUGGCCCUCUCCCCGGCGUUGACGCAGCAAUCAAGGCCGCAUUGCCAAAGUUGACAAGAACCGACAAACUUCAGCUAAGGUUUUGGCUACUGUGGAACGAACGCAUAGACAAGGUGCUCAACAAACUCAAUCUCGGUGCCAACGUAGAGAGUGUGCUGACCAACCCCAAGCUGAGAUUCCUACACUACUACAUCACCAAGCUUAACCAGAAGAGCUCGAACGCGGCAGUGACGAUGGCUGACACGCUCGCAAGUAAAUAUGGACUCGUUCCAGUGACCAAAAUGCUCGAAAAGGGAAAGACGUCGACGGGUUCGUCGGAUGUGACUAAAGCAUUGGCAAAGGAGUUGCAGCUUGAGCAGUUUACGGGUUGGGCAAACAUGAAGUUGUCGCCUGUCGAUGUCUACAUGAAAUUGGAGCUCAAAAGUCAGUAUUCUACUUCUCUUGGCGGUCCAGUUUUCGAAGCUUGGGCUGGCUAUGUGAGAAAGCUAAACCGUGGGAAUGAUGACACAGCUACUUCUAGUAUGCUCAAGGCGCUCAAAGAAGUAUACGGAGAUAGAGGGGCAGCGUUGCUACUCUUUGAAUCGAAGGAGCUCUUUGAUCCGAAAAAGACUGUGGGGAAAAUGAGACUGACGCAGUAUAAAACGUGGAUGGAGAACGGUGUAGACGAAAAAAACUUCUUGAAAAAAGCAUUGGGCUCAGAAUCCUUGAAGCCCACUGUUGCAGACGAGAAGAUUCUAAAUGAGUAUCUACUAUUCGUGAAGCCAUACCACAAGGCUCACGGAGCACGACUGUAAAUUUCAAUGUUCGCUCUAUCCGACUGCUUUAUAUGUGCUAUUCCUGGCUACACUGGAUAGAAAAAAGAAUGUCUU